AUGGAUUCAUACGAUCUGUUCAAACAGCAAAUCUCCCAAAAACUGGCCACUUUCAAGCAGGAGAGAACCGAAUCAAUUAUCGAGCCAUUGGCCAUCAUUGCCGAUGAGUCGGCCCUCAACGAAAAAGUCCGCCAGAAAGUGAACCUAGUGUUGAGUGGGACGAGUUUUGUCUCGUACCUAGCCGCUGCCGCGGUUGUGUUUUCCUCGGAACCGGCCGCCGGAGCAGCAAUGGUUGUCCCGCUCAUCGCCUCGAUAGGGCAUGCAGGGGUGGCGGUCUUUAACUCGGGAGCAAAGACACUAAAGCAGCGAAUGGAAGACCUUGCUAGUGCGGAUCGACGGUUGCGAGAACAGCUGUUCCAGGAUAUUACUCAAGUGUUACAGGCCGAGAAGGGCAUCAUUAAGCAACCGGAAAUGGGAGUGGCCGAAUAUGCAGAGCUGGCAGCCGGCUUCAUCUUGCCUGGAUGCCGAUCGACGAUAUUUGCUGGCGGAUUGGUGGGGAAAAGCAUUGGUGGAUUGGAUAUUACGGAAAAGCUAUUCGGCCGUCUCUUUGUGGGGACAACAUUGCUGGAGGGCUCAAAAACGAUCAAAAGGGCCAAUUUCACGAUGCUGUCAUCAAGACAAUCGAAGAGC